AUGCGCUCGAAAAUAUUUGAUGAUGCCGAGCUCGAACGUCUACGACGUGUGGCCAUUCCCUCAUCGAAUGAAUUGGCUAUGGCUGGGGAUGCGGCUUUUCAGGUGACAGACCAGCAUCCACGCGUGGAAGCCACCAUGGAUCUUUCAGUUGUGGUUGAUUCGAACGAUGAUGAAAUGGUCUCCCAAGAACUAGAGCAAAUGAGGAGUAUAUUGGAAGAGCCGAUUUUGAAAACGCGCGGCAUGCCUCUAGAAAAUCGACCGCGACUUCCCGGCAUACCCCUAAGCAAGCGAAAUCGGGCUGCCGUGAGGGCCCUUAACCCAAUGCUGGUAGCCUAUUUGGAAGCCAGCCGGGACCUUUGCGAGAUGGACUCAGUUCUUUUUGGCGCCGCAGUGGCAGUUUGCCGUAUUAAUGGCGUCCUUAACUAA